GUCCAUUGGUAGACUGAUAGAUUGUAGAUUAUAACAAAUAAUUUUUUUUUAAGAAAGUGACCAAGGUGCUGGAAACUUUAAAUCUGUUUAAAUAGCGAUUCUGUGAUUUAACGUGCUGUUGUUUGUAGAAGGUUUAGAUCAUUAGGGUAUGUCACGCUAUAUAACGGAAUAGAUAUUGUAUUGAGUAUUAACUGAUGAUACAACAAUAGAAAUGGUAGGAGAAAGACUGUAUACAUCUUUGUGGAUAACCCUUCUUGCUGGGCUGGUUUCUAGUCAAGACUGUGACUUUGAAAGCGAUUUCUGCGAUUGGACAAAUGAACCAGAGGCCCGCGCCAUCUGGAAGAGAUUAAAUAUUGCUACUGAAACACAGGGGACAGGCCCUGAUCGAGGUCACACAACAAAUACAACCAAUUAUUUUGCUUAUUUAAAUGUACGAGAUUAUACAGAUGGAAACAACAUAGUUAUACCCAACAUAACAGCUGUACUAGUCAGUGAGACUCUCUCAGUUAAUUCUGAUAUCUGUUUUCGGUUUUAUUAUCAUAUGUACGGUGAAGCUAUAAAUAGACUAUCAGUGGGUAUUUUGAAUGACAGUAAAAAGCAGCAGAUGUUUUUUAAAACUGGAGAUCAAAAUAAUGCAUGGCAUUGUGGUAGUUUUGAUGUUCAGACGACAGUAAAUACACAGAUCUAUAUUGAAGCAGUAACUGGUGAGAAUAUAUUAGGAGAUAUAGCUAUAGAUGAUCUGGAGAUAAUCCAAGGCAAAUGUAACUCACCUUGCGGCACUACAUCACCAGGCAGUGCUACGACAUUACCAAGUAAUACAAGAAACGUCCCGACGACCACUCCUACAACACAACCAGACAACUCCGAGACGACAAAAGAUACCUCUAAUCUGGUUUCAGAUAAUAUUUUGAUAUAUGCUACUACUAUACCCAUAGCAGUAUUAAUACUAAUAGGUGUAGUAGCCUUCAUCUGUUACAAGAACAAGAAGAAGCCAGAAAUAUUUUUACCUCCACGUUACGGCCUAUACGGCCAUCCGGUGUCAAACACACAAUACCUAGGUUACGACCUUCCAGUAGAAGACGAAAUCUACGAUGACAUAGAUGAUAAUCGAAUGAGAGAAAACCAAAUUGAUCUAGGCAAUGCAGAUUACGAUACGUUACCCGAAGGAGACGGAUAUGUAAAACCCCAGCUACCACCUCCUCCACCCUGUGGUACCACCACCUACCUUCAGGCGAUCAAUGGUUCAGAUCACCCAGACGAUUCAGUCCGGUUUUAGUAAUAUACAAGACUGUUGACACAUUACCCAGAUACGAUGUCUACCGUUGUUUCAGUGGCAUUUAGUAAUUAAACUUGAAAUAAACAGGUCAAAAUUCUGUUAAAUAUCAUUGCUAAGUAUAUACUGAACGACGUUUCUAGUGGUCCAUCCAACCUCGUGAAGUUUCUACUAUAUGUUAGUCUCAGAAUAUCCUAGCUCGUGUUUAUAUGAUUAUAUUAAUUAUGAUUUUAAUUUAAAUGUUAAAGAUGCAUUAUGUACGAUUUUGAUAAAGAGUUAGAUAAUGAAAAGAGAAUAUAUUGAAAAUUUCAUCCAAAUUAUUCUGAGCGAAGUUAUGAACGUUUGAAGAUGUAGCAACUGUACUUGACAGUCGAAUCUAAGUCUCGAUUAUCCAUUUUAUCGUUAAGUAUGUAAAUCAUGAAGUUAUGGUCCGAUACAUGCCAAUAUCCGUCAAAAUCGGAUAGAAAUUGUAAUCUGUAGAGUGUCCACAAACAAAUUACGGACGGACGGACGGACGGACAGGGGCGAUGGCAUAAUACGUCCACAUAAAAAUGUGGGCGUAUAAAAAUCCGUUUUAGUAAGCGAUUGGCCUACUGCGCUGUUGUAUCGCUGACUUCAUAUAUACAGUGAUGUUGUAUCCUGCUUAUUUCUUAUAUCCUAUUACGCAUGUUAUAUAUGUAUUUAUUAAAAAAAAAAGUUUUUUCUCUAAUAAACUCAGUUUAUUAUUCAGUUCAGUUAGGUUAACUUUGGUAUUUGUCAUGCAAUUUAAGAGCUUCCAAAGCAAAGACGUUGUUACUGUAUGUAUUAUGUGUAAGAUGCCUAAAAAUAAAUAAAUUGGUUUUGAACAA